UAAAGUAUCUCAAGGGCUGCUAUAUAACACAAGAGGUCUUCAAACUUGGCAGCUUUAAGACUUGUGAACUUCAAUUCCCAGAAUUCUCCAGCCAGCUAUGCUUUGCUGGAGAAUUCUGGAGUCGAAGCCCCCAAGUCUUAAAGCUGCCAAGUUUGAAGACCUCUGAUAUAACAUAACCAGUGAUUCAUUAACAUAAAUAGAGCACAAUGCUUGCCUUUACCUUCCUGUUGACUGACCUGCCUUAGAGACGAAUUGAGUUUUCAGGGCUGUGGAGAAGUUAAGUCUCUAACAGGAGAUCUCUUUGAGAACUUUUGAGAGAGACUUUUAAAAUGACACCUUGAUCACCUUAACUGAAACAUGUGGAAUGCAGUUUGUGGCUUGCUUUUUAGCUUCUUGUGCAUAUUUGAAGAAAAUGAUUUGGGUUAAACGGGGGAUUCUCGGUGCUCUCUGAGCUUGGUUGUUUUCUUGCAGACGUUUCAUGACCCAACUACCCUGUUUCCCCCCAAAUAAGACAUCCCCUGAUAAUAAGCCCAAUCGGGCUUUUGAGCGCAUGGCAAUAAGGCCAAGUGCUUAUUUCAGGGUUCAAAAAAAUAUAAGGCAGGCUCUUAUUUUUGGGGAAACACGUUAGGUAGCUUCAUCAAUGCUGGAAAGGAGUGGGCAGGGGUGCUAUUCAGCAGGUUCUGACAGGUUCUGGAGAACCGGUAGCGGAAAUUUUGAGUAGUUCGGAGAACCGGCAAACACCACUGGCUGGCCCCAGAGUGGGGUGGGAAUGGGGAUUUUGCAGUAUCCUUCUCCUGCCACACCUACCAAGCCACGCCCACAGAAGCGGUAGUAAAAAAAUUUGAAUUCCACCACUGGGAGGGGGAGUUGUGGAGAGGAGGAGUAAGAGUAGGAAGAGGAGAACUUGGUGCUCCCUGAGCUUGUUUCUUUUCUUGAGGACAUUUCAUGAUCCAACUAGGGAACUUCAUCAGUAUUAGAAGGGAGUGGGUUUACAGAGUGAAGGAGAAGGGGAGGAGGAAGGAGGAAGGGAGAAGAAGGGAGGAGAGUGAUGGGAGAAUGAGGAGGACUGUGGGGUCCUUGAUGCUCUCUGAGCUUGGUUGUUUUCUUGCAGACAUUUCAUGACCCAACUAGGUAACAUCAUCAGUGCUAGAAGGGAGUAGGGUUUGUGGAGUGGAGGAGGAAAAGGAAGAUUGUGAGGUCCUUGCUGUUCUCUGAUCUCGGUUGUUUUCUUGCAGGCGUUUCAUGACCCAACUAGGUAACAUCAGUGUUCAAAGGGAAUGGGGUCUCAUCUCUGUUUAUAUACAACUGGCAAGGCAAACCAGUGGAAACAUCUGCCAGAAAGCAACUGACCUCAGGGAGCCCCUGCUUAUUUGAAGACAGGCCUGUUUGGUGAAAUGAGAGUUUUUGGACCCUUCCGUGAACUAGGGACAUUGAUUGGAAAAACCUCUGCGAUUCAUUGCAGGGAAUUUUAAACUAGGCGUUUUCAAAGGCCAGCUCACCACACAGAAAUAUUGUGACUUUUUGGCAUGUAAGUGUCCUUCCUCCAGUUCUCAGUAUGGCCCUGCACGACCCACCUUUUUCUCAGGCGUACCGUAAACCUCGUUUCAAAGAAUUGCGAAGAUGCACAGUGUCAAAAGGGGAGCCUCCUCUUUGGUGUGCGAACAUGUCGGAUCCAUUGUCCUUUCUUGCCAGAGAAGUGAAUCUGGAACGCUUGUUAAGAGUGGGUAGGAAGGCUGCUUGAAAAAGACUGAACUAUUUUGAGUUUAGAUAUAUUAUCUCAGUAAUCCUGCAGGCAGAUUGGCAUAAUUGGCAUAAUUACCUCUUGCUCGGAGUGAAGGGCCUUAAACUUUAAAGUGUAGGCCAUUUAUUUUUUAAAAUGAAACCAUAACAUGAAACCAUUUCAUAAAAUGAAAUACAUAUUUGUUUGUGAAACAGACGGAUUAUUUGUAUUCACCGGUGACUGUUUGGCACUGAAAAAAGUGACUUAGAACCAUUUUUCACAGUUACGACGGUUGCAGCAUUCCCGUGGUCACAUGAUCAAAAUUCGGCCUCUUGGUGAUUGGCUCAUAUUUAUGAUGGUUGCAGUCUCCUGGGGUCAUGUGAUCCCCUUUUGCGACCUCCUGACAAGGCAGAUUCAUUUAACAACUGUGUGACUAACGGGGAAAGAUUUACACGAUCUGAAGAGAAACCAGAGUUUGCAAAUGGCUCUUAUAUGUGGUGACUUGUCUGGAAGACUGGAGAAGGACCUCCACACGGGCUGUGGGAACGCGACCUGGAGCAUUUGCUGAUACGGCUGAUAUGUGGGGAACUUAUCAGCACAGGGUGCUGUUGGAAUCUGCUCCCGGGGUCUCCUCCUUGAGCAAGGUCCCUCCCAGCUCUAUUCUGAUUCAAAUGUGUGUGAAAUGGUUGAACCAAGCAGGCAGGUCCCUGGCCCGGAAUUCUUGCUUGUAUUUUUUCAAUUAAAAAAAAAAAAAUCAGAUUUUUUUGAACAAAAAUCUUUAUUUUUCUGUUCCUGGCUUCUCCCUCCCCCUCCCCAAAAGUAUUUUUAAACUUACUCCUUAAGUGCCUUUGGCACCAAAAGAGCCGUUCCUGUCCAAGAAAUAUUCUUCAGCAUGUCAGUUGGGCCUUGAUCCAAGAAAAAUGUGCCCCAGGUGAAGGAAACCCGCCAUCCCCUCAGUUCCCCUGGAUGCUGGGCGGCCGAGGCCGGUUCUCGCAGUCGCUCAAGAUGGCGACCUUGAAACGGAGCCACCAGCAAGCCUGGCCGGAGGAGGAGGGGGACCAGGAGCACGGCCUCUACAGCCUGCACCGCAUGUUUGACAUCGUGGGCACCCACCUGACUCACCGCGACGUCCGAGUGCUGUCUUUCCUCUUCGUGGAUGUCAUCGAUGACUAUGAACGGGGCAUGAUCCGCAGCGGGCGGGACUUCCUCCUGGCGCUGGAGCGUCAGGGCCGCUGCGACGAAACCAACUUCCGCCAGGUGCUGCAGCUGUUGCGGAUCAUCACCCGCCACGACCUGUUGCCCUACAUCACGUUGAAGAGGAGGAAGGCUGUAUGUCCGGACCUUGUAGAUAAGUAUCUCGAAGAGACUUCGAUCCGCUAUGUGACACCCCGAGCUCAUAGCAAUACGGAGCAUGUCCCUCUGCACCAACACAAAUCUGUGCCUCCCCACCACCCGUUGGUCUGCUGCUCCUCUUCGGGUCCCCAGAUCUGCACCAAGAGGUCCGGCCGGGGAAGGGCGCUGCUCAGCAACCAGCGGAAAAGGAGGAAGUCCGUCACGCCGGAUCCGAAGGACAAACAGACCUGUGAUAUCCGCCUCCGAGUCCGGGCCGAAUACUGCCAGCACGAGACGGCCCUGGAGGGCAACGUCUUCUCCAACAAGCAGGACCCCCUGGAGCGCCAGUUUGAACGUUUCAGCCAGGCCAACACGAUCCUGAAGUCGCGGGAUCUGGGCUCCAUCAUCUGUGACAUCAAGUUCUCGGAGCUGACGUACCUGGACGCCUUCUGGCGCGACUACAUCAACGGCUCCUUGCUGGAGGCCCUGAAGGGCGUCUUCAUCACAGACUCGCUCAAGCAAGCCGUGGGCCACGAGGCCAUUAAACUCCUGGUCAACGUGGACGAAGAGGAUUACGAGGUGGGCCGGCAGAAACUCCUGAGGAACUUGAUGCUGCAGACGGCCCCUUGAACCCCGGCGGUGGAUAAUUCAUUGUGGAUUUUUUUCUCCUUUUUCUUCCUUCCCUGCCUUUCCUCAGGCUCUCGUUGGGAGGAAUAUUUUUCUUUCUUUCUUUUAUUUUCCUUAAAAAAAAGAAGAGAGAGAGGGGGGGGGGAUAAUAUCUCCGAGGAACGAAAUCGGUCACGGAUACUGAAUAAGUCUUUUCCGUAGGAGGAUACACUGUUUUUCCCCUUCUUCCCCCAGGGGGGAACUGGAAACGAGGAGCCGGAGAGGCCUGUCUCGCACCCCUGCCUCGAAGGAGCCCCCUUUUCCUGGGCUCGCUGAGCAAUUGGGGGACCCCCGAAAGGUGCUCGGCGGUUCUUUUCUUAUCGCCUGCCCUCUUGUGCUGUCCGACUUUUCUGUUGUUUCGGUAUUGUUGCCAUCGAUUCGCUCGCCCGCCGUCGCCCCCUCCCAGUGGAUCUCUACACGAAACCCCCGAAGGCAGGCCCUUAAUUCCUCCCUUCCUAUUAAAGAAGCUGUUCUCGUCAUUAGGUCCCCGUUCCUGUCUCUCUGCGAGGGAAGGGGACGGAAAGGGAGGCCUUGGCUCAUGGGGAGGGGAGGGGGCUCUGCCUCCCCAUCCGUGGUCUUUUGUUUUCUAAUUUCCACUCGGCUGCUUCCCCUCUGUAACAAUGGUUUUAAAGCAGGGGGGCUCCGAUUUAAUCACAGUUUGGCAAGGGGUAGGGCUGGGAACGUGUUUCGAUGGAGGGGGUCUCAUGUGAAGCUCAGCCAAGGUAGGGCACGCGAUGUGGAUCCAAAGACGAGGGUGAGCUACAGCUGCUGCUCUGAACCCCACUUCGGUGGGGUGGGAGAUUUCCUUGUGGGUCAAAUAGGACGGGGCUCUCCAACCUUGGCAGCUUUUAAGACGAGCGGACUUCAACUCCCAGGAUUCCCCAACCUUAAAGUCGCCACGGUUGGAGAGCCCUGAGAUCGGGGACCCCCCUCUGGCUAAGGAGCUCCUCCGAGACCCUCUCUUGGCUCUGCCCUCCCUGCCCUCCAUCCCGCCUGUGCCUUUUCCUCUCACUCUGCGGCCUCCAGAGAUGAACGAGAAGGGCCUUCCCUCCUCAGCCAGGCAACCUCCGAGGACAGCUGCCCACCUGGGAUGGAAAGGAAGACCUCUGCCAGCUAGAGAAGAAGAGGGGGCCGAGCUUAGGAGGGAGGAACACCCCUGUGUGGCCGGGCCCAACUUUUGUGGGAUCCUGUUGGUUUAGCUCAGCGGUCUUCAACUUUGGUAACUGUUAAGCCUUGUGGACUUCAACUCCCAGAAUUCCUCAGCCAGCUGCUGGCUGAGCAAUUCUAGGAGUUGAAGUCCACAAGUCUUAAAGUUACCAAGGUUGAAGAUCCCUGGUUUAGCUGACUGGUCUGUUUCUCCGGUGGUUUCUCCCCCCACCCCAUCUUGACUUCCCCACCAGUGGGGCAAAACCAAAUAGCUCGGAAGACGCUUGGAGUGGGGACAGACAUACACCAGCCCUUGCUUCCCAUGGUGCUGAGCGCUGGUUACAUCUAAAUUUUCGCUUUCUUUGGGGAGACGGCCAGGUAGUCAGCUGUGGGGGUUACGUUUUUGGUAGCCCCACAGGCCUUGGCAAGGGGUCUCUUCUCCCCCCCCCCCACCCUCCAGGCCUGUCUCUCUUUUCCCUAUCAGCUGCAGGGAGGCUGGGGAUAUGCUGGGGCUCCAUCAGUUGGGAAAAUAGAACAACCUGGGAGGAAGGAAUCGGUUCUUUGGUUCAUGCUGGAUUUCUUUCUAUCGGGUGCUCACACUUGCCGUGUGUCAUUUCCGUUUGGCCCCCUUAAAUCAUGCGAAAGCUUUGGCAAGCAGCAGCCAAGCCCCCUACCUGCCUCCCUUUUCCCAGUAAGACCCCCUUGGCUGACUUCUUCAAGAGGGCGGAGGGGCCGCUUUUGACACCUUCUGGCUAGGGAAGGAACUGGGAGCCGCCCAGCAAGCGUCCAGUUUAUCCAGCCAUAAACUCAGGUGGCCCUUGAGCAUUUCACGGGGAGGGAACGGACAGGGAAAAAGUGGGUUUCCCAUCCUGCAGAGCAGAGAGAGAGGCCAUUUAAUUCACCCAGACCUUCAAUCGCUUACGAGUUUGUGUUAACGAUUUGCCUCUUGGCUUCUCUGCAUUUGCCGGAAACGGCUUUUUUCACAAAGGUUUGUAACGGCGCUUCGGAUUUGAUUCGGAAGCGAAGGCCCCUCCUGCUUUGUGCACAGAAGAGCCAAAUGCGAUGCCUUCGUGUGACCCAACCAAGCGGACGCCUCUUCUUUCCAAAAUUGCACAGUUGCCAACCUUAAAAUUGCACAGGCCGUUUUUUGUGGUAUCUGCUUCCGUGAGUUUUUCUAAAUCUAAACGCAGGGCAACUCUUCUCAAUUUUGCCCCCAUUUUUUUCCCCUAUAACAAUCCGCUUCUUGUCCAAAGCGAGUCCAGGAAAAGUUAUGACCCCUGACUCCAUUGGCUGCAUAAACUGGCGCCAAAACCUGGGAAAACAGAGCAAGUGACCCUUUGCUUGGCUUAAAAUGGUCCAGUCGGACUUCGGAGGCUUUUUCUGUUUUCCUCCGGCUGCCUCGCAAAGUACACAAAAGUCUAAUCAUUGCAAAUCCUUGUUGUUUCAUGAUAAUCCUGGCACAAAUUUGUGUAAAAUCGGUGACUUAUUAUUAUUUUUUUUUAAGGAAAUGCCAGUGUGACUGGGCAUGUUCCCUAAUGUACCUUUGGGUUUUUUUUUUUUCCUGAAAUGAUGAUGAUGAUGAUAAUAAAAAAAAUCUUCUGCCUUU